GCAAUACCGAUCAAAGGAAGUCGAUAAGUAACUAGUGCUGCUUCUUUGGUACAGUACGACCUCCUUGAACCCGUCUUGUGGAUGGCUAGGCUGCACAUCCCAUCACUCGGCAAUCCUAUUGGACUCACAAGCUGCGCCUUGCUACAGGGGUCCUUUUCAGCUGCUGAGGCCUCCCCGCACGCAAAUCCCGCAAACAUGUUGCUGUUCCACGUCGUCAGUGAUGACAAUCCGUUGUCGUCCUGACUCAUCGAUCCGAGCAGAAGCCACCUCGCUGAUACCGUCAUAUCGGACAACAAGGCCAAGGUGUCCCCUUCAAAGUGAAAAUGGCGUCUCGCUGGGUCGAGAAAGCCAAAUCCAAGGCCAGGAGGCUAUUGCAGCCAGCUCCCCAAGACUCUGCCUCCGCUCCUUCACCAGCUACAUCAUCGCCAACACCGUCUCGACCUCCAUCCGAACUAGCAACUCGACCAACAUCUCAGCCAACGCCUUCCCCGCCCACCUCGACAGAUUCCAAAACCUCGCCGCUGCCGAGUCUACAAGAGCGACUUUGGAACCAGGCCUACGACGAGCUCAAAGCGAGCGAGCCCAAAGUGGUCGAAGCGUACGAGAAGAUCCUAUCAGCUGAACUUUGCCGAAAUGACUCGACCUCUGUUGCAUCUCGACCAACGGAAAACGAGAUAGGAAGGAUUCGGGAGACAAGAUGUCGCCAAAUGCAGCAGUUGGUCCAGGAAGGACUGGACCGGACGCAGAAGGCAGCGUCCAUCAAGCGAGGCAUCGACGAAGGCUUGCAAGCAGUGCAAGCGGUGAGGGGAAUAGUAGACAAGGCGGUACAGGCCGCUCCGGAAGCCGCCGUCGCCUGGGCCGGCGUCUGCCUUGUACUAGAGAUCCUUUCGAACCCCGUCACCGAGGCACGCGACAAUCGCAAAGGCAUCGCCUACGUCCUGUCGAGAAUGGAGUGGUACUGGAACUUGGUGUCCCUGCUGCUUGACGAGAACAAGGCUGAGCAAUCCUCCGCGGGACUGCGAGUCCAACUGGAGAAACACGUCGUGCAGCUCUACGAGAAACUUCUCUCGUAUCAGAUGCAGAGCAUCUGCCUUUACCAUCGUAACCGGGCUGCCGUCAUCGGAAGGGACAUGCUCAAAAUCGACGACUGGGCUGGCCAGCUCAGCGAGAUCCAGGAAGCCGAGGGUGCCGUGCAAAGAGACAUGGAACAAUACAAUACCGAAGAGAGCAGGACACAAUUUCGGAAACUUACCGACGCCGCAACUGCCCUAGAGAUGAAUCUCCAAGACAUCCAUUCGGCCAUCCAGGACCAAACACGGCAGCAGGAGAGGAGACACCUAGACGACAGGGACAAACAAUGCCUGAAAGACCUGCGCGAGACUGACCCUCGCGACGACAAGACGCGCAUAUGCAGCAUUUGCAAGGACUCCUCGAGUUUGCGUUGCUCCCGUUGUAAAGGGCAAUGGUACUGUUCCGAAAAAUGCCAGCGGGCUGAUUGGCCUACACACAGAAAAUCAUGCGGUGUUGUCGUCGUCAUUGACGGAGUUCAUAUCUUUCCCGGCUUCAAGGCUCGGUUUGGUAAUCGUCUCGAGUCGUCUUCUCCCUCACUUGCUGGAUCAUCGAUUCAAAUUACUUGCUAUCCGAAAAGCGCAUGGAGCUUCUCUGCUCUUCUCCCUAGGGAUAAAACGCUGGUUCGCGGCAUGGUCGCAUGGCUUUGUCAUAGAGCAAGAGGACAAGUCCUUACGUCCAUGAACAUCGUUACCCAUACCGAUAUCGCACGAGAUCUAGCAAUCGACGUUUUAAACACCACCCCUUGGCCAAGCACAAUGAUCAUGGGCCUUAACGGCAGCUCCAUGCACUCCAAAGAUGAAGUCGACGUGUCGACUGUACUCAUCCAGAUGAGUGAGGCACUGCUGGCAGCAGGACGCAAGACUGAAGACCCAGAAGUCAAGAGGGACCAUUAUUCGUCAGCCCUAUACUCGUUAAGCGGAUGGGAGACACACAUUACCCCACAGUCGAAGAUCGCCUGGAAUGAUCAGGGCUAUUCCGCUUUGACGGAACUGUUCAUGCUGAGCAAAGUUCAAGGGCGUACAGAAGAAGCUUACUCUUAUGCACUUCUCGUGGUCAGAACAGCCACCAAUGGUGCCAAAGGAGAUCUGCCGAUGUUAUGGGAAUGCGCAACGGUCUUCCGGGACUCUCAGAAUCAUGGCCUGGCCAUGAUUGUGGCGAUGAAGUUGAAAAACACGCUAUUCGACCAACAAGCCACGGAUCUCUUGAAAGAGGUUCGUCCCCGCACCAAUGACAUUCUGACCUGGAUGGCGUCAGAAGCUUGUCGCUCCUGGAAUAAGAAUGUCGACCGACGAGACAAAAUCGCAUCCUUGCCACGCUGCACUCAAUGCGAAGAUCAAGCGACAUGCCUGAUCUGUCAGGAAAAUCUUUGCGGAGAGUCGGUCCGAUUGAAAUGCUCGCACUUGUUCCAUCCUCCCUGUAUUCAAGCAUGGCUCGCCGACGAGUCCACCUGCCCAACCUGCAGAGCUGUUGUUCUUGAAGCUUGAUGUUUAGAUAUAGAAAAUGGACUCGCUUAUCAGACGUCGGAUUAGCAUGAGGGGUGACACCGGUGAAAAUAAAACAAUACAGAGAGUAUCUUGCUCAUUGUCCUAGGUUCUAUC